CAUACACUGUUAUGUAUAAUGUGAGGCCCGCGCACGAGCCCGCGCAUCCGGGCAAUCCUAUAUAAGAAGAUGUGACGCGCCAGUUUCAACUUCUUCGCUCUCUCAUAUAACCUACGUUGACUUUAUUAUAUUUAUACCUGCUAAGUGAUUGUUUAUUUAAAUAUCUCUAUUAUUGUGUUAUUUGUUAUUUAUCAUGUUUCGUUUGAGCUUUUUCGUGAGCUUCGUAGGCUUUACAGCGUGUACUCCACUUUGGCCUGGUUUACAAUUCCACAAUCAAGAUGGUUCUGGCUCAUAUAGUUACGGUUAUCAAGGGCCUCAUCAUGCAAAAAUGGAAUCUAGAUCGAACGGCAUUACUCAAGGAGGAUACUCUUACGUAGACGCGAAUGGUAUUCUACAGAAUGUAGCUUAUACUGCAGACCCGGUGAAUGGAUUUCGAGUUAGAGCGAGUAAUUUACCGCAACAGCCAGAUAACUCUUUGGUAGCAUUAAACGAAACUCCUGAGGUGGCAGAAGCACGUCGGAAUCACUUGGCGGAGUAUACGAGAAUAGCAAAUUCACUUGGAAUCUCACAAACUUCAAAUGCCAUUGAUCAGUUCGAACAAUCAUCCUCCAAAAAUCCUUUCGUUUUAUCAAAGGACGAAGCAUCACGUAUUGAAAUUCCCAAGCCGGCGUUCGACCAAUUUUACCUAAAUAAAAGACCAUCAUCGUCUCCAUUAUUUCCACCGUAUUACAACAGAUUUCCAGUAGCUGUUGGUGUAGGAUCUUAUCCAGUGCCCGUUCCACCAGAAGCGAUACGAUUUUCGUCAGCAAUACCGUCACCAAACUCGGUGGUGAUUUCCCAGCGACCUGUCCACUCAUCACUAAGACACACUCAGGACUCCUUGGGUCAGUACGACUACAGCUACACGGGUGACACCAGCGCUAAAAGUGAGUCCAGAUCAUUAGACGGAACAACUCGCGGAGCUUACAGCUACAUCGACGCAAACGGGCUGCUUCAGCAAGUUCACUACAUCGCAGACCAUAAUGGGUUCCGAGUUCUCGCAACGAAUCUACCAGAAGCUUGAUUAAAACUUUCAAGAAAUCUAAUUACUAAAAUUUUUUAAAAACCUCUUAUCUUGUCACCGUCACAGACCGACAUCCAUUUAUCUUUAAAUUUUUUACCUUUAUAAUUAAACCCGUCAGAUUAACCGACUCCGAGGAUUACAUCACUGUCACUAUCAUCUUCUUCAUCAUCAUUAUUAUCACCAUCAUAAUUAUGAUUAUCAUCGUAAUAAAAAAAAAUAAUAUCGUGUGAAGGUUUUUUUAAGGUAGUGGGAAUUAAUGAUUGAAUGCCUUUUGAGUGGGUUCAAUAGAGAUAAUCUCUCGUUUGAGCGAACAUACCAUACACUUGACUGGCAUUCACAUUUAGUAUCUCUGUAUUAAGCGUAUAUUUCAUGCGAUUUAAAUAAAUCAUUAAACUUCAUACGAUUAUA